UUUUGUGGGUUUCUUUUUUGCUAUUUUGGGUUAUUUUUCCACACCCUAAUUCUCGCUCACUCAACUAUUCGUUCACAGUCAGCCAAGCUGUAAGCUCUCCUAUGAAAAAUGAAGCUUAAGUUCCUCAUCAACCCCUAAAACCCUUCUUCUCAGCCUCACCUCAUUCUCUACAGCAAUGCUCUCCCUCCGAUUCCUCCCCACCACCAAUCCCAACUCCUCCUUCUUCCACACCGCUCCACACCCACCGACCUCUUUUAAACCCUUCCACAACCCCAUUUCCCCAAAACCCAGAUUUCCCAAACCCUCCUCCUCAUCGCCAUUGACAGUGCGCUCCGUUCUCCAGUGGAACAGGAAGCCCGAGUUGGCCGGAGAAACCCCACGCGUCGUCGUCAUCACCUCCGGCAAGGGCGGAGUCGGCAAGACCACCACCACCGCCAAUGUGGGUCUUUCACUCGCUCGCCUUGGCUUCUCCGUUGUCGCUAUCGAUGCCGAUGUUGGACUCCGCAACCUCGACCUUCUUCUGGGUCUCGAAAACCGAGUCAAUUACACCGUCGUAGAGGUCCUCAAUGGCGAUUGCCGGCUCGACCAGGCUUUGGUGAGAGAUAAACGCUGGUCUAACUUCGAAUUGCUCUGUAUUUCCAAACCCAGGUCCAAAUUGCCAAUGGGUUUCGGUGGAAAAGCAUUGGUUUGGCUUGUUGAUGCUCUGAAAUCAAGAGAAGAAGGCUGCCCAGAUUUCAUUAUCAUCGAUUGCCCGGCCGGAAUCGAUGCCGGGUUCAUAACGGCUAUUACUCCGGCCAACGAGGCCGUCCUGGUGACCACGCCGGACAUCACGAGCUUGAGGGAUGCAGAUAGAGUCACCGGGUUGCUGGAAUGCGAUGGAAUAAGGGAUAUAAAGAUGAUUGUGAACAGGGUUCGAACGGAUAUGAUAAAAGGGGAAGAUAUGAUGUCUGUGCUGGAUGUGCAAGAGAUGUUGGGAUUGGCAUUGCUCGGUGUAAUUCCGGAGGAUUCAGAGGUUAUUCGAAGCACGAAUCGAGGGUAUCCUCUUGUACUGAAUAACCCACCCACAUUGGCUGGUUUGGCUUUCGAGCAAGCGGCAUGGAGGCUUGUUGAGCAGGACAGCAUGAAGGCUGUGAUGGUUGAGGAAGAGCCCAAAAAGCGUGGGUUUUUCUCCUUUUUUGGUGGGUAAGAGGAUUGAAAUCUGUUUCAUUGGCUCACUGACUUUGAAGUCAUUUAUGAAUGUGGGUACUUUUUGGGGUUGUUCAAGGUUUAGAGGAAUUUAAUUCCAAAUAUAUUUUAGCUGCUACUUUUGAUCCAGAUUUUGCUUGUUGGCAAUCCAUCGAACUGUACAGUAGGUCAGUAAAGUUUUUUUUUUUUUUUUUUUUUUUUUUUUGGAUACAGUUUUCCAUGAUUUUGUUCAUUCUCUGUUUGAUAAGUAGACGUCUAGUGUGUUUGUGGUUCAGAGAUGAAAUUGGCUUGAGGAGGUGCGUCUCUGUGCUUUAGGUUCAUAGUUUUAUUAGAAUUCUUAUGGUGUUGUUGGUGGCUCAAGAGUAAUAUCUGUAUUUAUUAUUUGUUUUGAGUAGAUGGAAUGAAGAGUUGUUUGUCUUUA